UUGAGUUAGAGAAGAGUUUGUUGUCUUAGCAAGUGACGAAAAGCAACAGCAUCUUUGCAGCAUUCCUCCUGUGUGUGGAUCGGCACUUCCGCACGUCUUGUGAGCCUUUGCACCCCCGUGCGAGGUUUGACAGUCGCUGCAAUCCUUCUUCCGUGCGCGGACAGUUGACGUGGUCAUGUCGGCGCUGACAAUGUUCUUAUCGGUGGCCGUGAUUUAUAUGGUGCUAGCUUGGAGUGAGCCUUCCAAUGCCUGUGGAUUGUGUACAUGUAGCAAAGGAGUUCUCAUGUCGUGCUCAAACACUGCCUCGUCGGCCAUAUUUUUGUUUAGCAAUGGGAUCACAACUAUAUCAAAGGACACGUUUAAAAACUUGUCGUCUUUGGUCGAGCUAAAUUUGCAGGAUAAUAGAAUCACAACUUUAUCAAAGGACACGUUUAAAAACUUACCGUCUUUGAGCUACCUAAAUAUUCCUAACAAUCGAAUCACAACCAUAGAGGCGGGUGCUUUUUACAAUUUGCCUCAAUUGUACGACCUAAAUUUGCAGAACAAUAGAAUCACAACUUUAUCAAAGGACACGUUUAAAAACUUGCCGUCUUUGAUCAGACUAUUUUUGCAGAAUAAUAGAAUCACAACUAUAUCAAAGGACACGUUUAGAAACUUGUCGUCUUUGUACUGGCUGUAA